GACCAUUUCUGUUGUGUCUUACAAACAUGGAUUCGAAACCAAAUCCCCACCUGGAAUCCUUAAUCCCAUAAAUUCAUUAAACCCUAGAUUUGAUUUCUCAAACACCCAACUUUCUGACUGAAAAAGGAAAGAUAAAUUGAACACGGAAAGAAAGAAAACAAUUUUCUCUUCCCUCGUUAGAAUUUUCCUUUCUCAAUAUAAACCAUUUCCAUGUUCCAGCUGAUUCUCAAGACCUUAUUUUUAGAUCACUAACUUGUUUUUUUUUCUUUUUUUUAGAAAUCUCAGAUACCCAUUUCUUCUUUUUUGUUUUUGUUUUUGUUUUUUUUUGUUUUUCCCUUUUUGGGUUUUGUGAGGCAUGCAUAGAUCUGGGGUUGCGAUGGCUUGGAAUGUGUUCAAGUUCUGCACAGCUCUUCGGGGUCUGGGCUCGAUCAUGAUCCUUUUGGUUCUCGGAGUGGUCGGUGUCACCUAUUACGCCGUCGUUUUGACUAAUUACGGACCGGCUCUCUACGAUGGUGGCCUUUAUUCUCUCAUUUCUCUUGCUGUUUUGAUCUUCUUCCAUUGCUUGUUGGUGAUGCUAUUGUGGAGUUACUUUUCUGUCGUUUUGACGGAUCCGGGCAGUGUUCCACCGAACUGGAGGCCUGCUGUCGAUGAAGAGAGAGGAGAAGCCGAUCCGUUAAAUAACGGGUCGGAGUUCACUAGUUUGCAGGCUGAACCAUCUAACCAAAGAAUUCGGUAUUGUCGAAAGUGCAACCAGCUGAAACCGCCUCGUUGCCAUCAUUGCUCUGUUUGUGGGCGGUGCGUGCUUAAAAUGGACCACCAUUGCGUAUGGGUUGUUAACUGCGUUGGCGCGUUAAAUUAUAAGUAUUUCCUUCUGUUCUUGUUCUACACAUUUCUUGAGACAAGUCUUGUGACGCUAGCAUUGCUACCUCAUUUCAUUGCAUUCUUUAGUGACGACGAAAUACCCGGAACACCCGGGACCCUUGCGACUACAUUUCUUGCCUUUGUAUUGAAUCUGGCAUUUGCGUUGAGUGUUCUGGGAUUCCUGAUCAUGCAUAUAUCACUGGUAGCUGCAAAUACGACCACUAUUGAGGCUUAUGAGAAGAAGACCACUCCAAAAUGGCGAUAUGACCUCGGGCAAAAGAAGAAUUUCGAACAGGUGUUUGGGGCUGACAAGCGAUACUGGUUCAUCCCCGCAUAUUCAGAAGAAGAUUUACGGCGGAUGCCAGCACUUCAGGGUCUCGAGUAUCCAUCGAAACCCGACUUUGAUUCUCAAGAGUUCUAAGAAGCAAGAACCGAGAACCGCUUAUGUGAUAACACAUGAAAUUUUCCUUGUAAAAUAGAUAUGGGGACCCUGGGAAAAGGGUCCCUUUACAAUCUUAACUUAUCCAACAGCUCACAACACUUGAAAUCACUCAUUCCCACGGCCAUAUAAACUUAAUAGUAGAGAGAGAGAGUGUGUGUACUGAGUAACAGAGGAGAUGAAUGCAAGAUGAUAGAGAGAGUUAUUUGUGGGUAUCAGAGUUACAAGGAUGGCCAGUUGGUUUGAAUUUUUUUUUUU